AAAUAUCCCCAUCCCAUGAAAGGGGUUUGUUUCAUUUCCAAUUUCUUUAAUUGGAAAGAAAGUUGAUAAUUUUUGUUAUAAGCAGUUUAUAAUAUUCUUCUCAAAGUAUCCAUGUUUUGAUUGGAUGGUCAUUGAUAGACAUCUUUUUAUCAUAAAGUGAAUGCACACGACGCUUUAAAAGAGGUACAAAUUAACAAAUGCCUGUGACAUCGAGUUGAAUGCUCCUUUGAGUCUCCAUAUUUGGAGAUGGUGAUAGUUUUCCUGCAUGACUGCAGACAAAGUGACGCCGUCACCAACUAACUCUCUACGCCGCAUUGGGUCCCGAGAUCGGCUAAAGCAGUUGGUUGGGCUCCCAACCAGCAGCAGCACAGUGUGGAAUGCCUCUGAUCAUGGAACUGGUGAUGAGCUCCACCACGUCACCUCUUUAGCUGCCCUUCCCCACUCUUCUAUGAAGAGGGUUUCCAGUUCUUCCUCAAUCGCUUCAGCUGCUGCAAUUGGGAGCCUUUUGAAUCCAGUAUCCAUUCCAUAUGCAGUGCAAUGUGUCAAAAUCUGGCAGGGCCUUCUUGCUUUAGAAAAAGAUCCUCACCCAGAAGUGGCUCAACUAGCACACAGUGUCAUAUCUUCCAUCACCUCCAAGGCACAUUCUACCUCCAGAGACAUCACUGCUUCAGCAUCCCCAUCAUCAUCUAAAGCCAACCUUACAAUAGGAGGAUCUCCACCACACUGUGUGACUCCAGGAACCAGUCCUCAGACAUUCUCUGCCCUUCACACCUCCACACCUAACAAGUCUCUCACAAACCGGAUUCGAAGAGUCAGUGAUCGCCUCUCCUCUUCUCACUCAUUUACACAGGAAGAAUCCUGUGAAGUCGAAUGCAUCCAUCAGCCUCUGUUGCAAAGCAAUUUUGUGGAAUGGAGUACAGGACAUUUCUCAAGAGCCACUCCAGCCAUUCUCCCUGAAAUGGACCCUGAAAGUGCCAUCUUUCAUCAUAAGGCAUCUCGAUACAAGAGAAAUGAGUGCCUCCGAAAAGAUGCAAGCAUUGAGCAGGUGUGUGUGUUGACAAAACGUCUUGAUGAGCAGACAUUUAUCGUUAGAAAUCCUCGAGUGCCUGCUGUGGUAAAAUUCCAUCCCUAUGAUCCACAUUUGGCAGUGGCUGAUAAAAGCCACUGCAGUGUGUGGGAUUGGGAGAAGGGGAGUCUAUUGUGCACAUGGCACAACUGCAAUGCCAAGGAAGCACGUAUCACUGCUCUGGAAUAUGUGAAUGCACAUGAGGAGAACUGUCUGUUGGUGGGAACUGAUGAAGGAGCUGUUCGUGUUUGGAAGAACUUCCUUCCCUCAGAUGAAUUUGAUGAGGAUGUAAAAAAUCCAGGAGAUCCCCAGCUUGUCACCUCGUGGCAAGUCCUUUCUGAACUCCUGCCCUCCACCAAAGGUUCAGGGAUUGUGAUGCAUUGGUCCCAGACAGCCCAGCAGUUGGCCGUAUCAGGUGAUGUACGUGUUGUUAGACUCUGGGAUGUUGCCAAGGAGCUACGAAUACUCGACCUUCCCACUGGAGCUGAGAGCUGCAUUACCUGCCUCUCCAGAGAAAGAGAUGGUAGUCCCCUGUUGGUUGCAGGAUGUGGGGAUGGGUCUGUCCGACUCUAUGACAUUCGCAAACCUUCAGCUGAAGCAAGAGUUAUGACAUGGAGAGAGCACAAUGGUUACAUUCUUGAAGUAUUCCUUCAGUCUCUACCCACAGGACCCCAGAGGGUCAUUAGUGGCUGUGUGCCAGGUGAUGUGAGGAUCUGGGAGUUGAGAAAGCCAACAUCUGUAAGCUGUAAGGUCACUUCCCCAAUGAUGACUGCCAUGACUGUCCAUCCUCAGGCCAAUAUCUAUGCAUGUGGAUCAGUGAACCAGUUCAUUGGUGUGUACACAACAAGUGGAGAGCAGCUGAGUGCCAUCAAGUAUCACGAUGGGUUCAUGGGUCAGCGGAUUGGCCCAGUUAGCUGCCUCACAUUCCAUCGACACCUGGUUCGACUUGCUGCAGGCAGUACAGAUGCUUUCAUCAGUGUAUACUCACUCAAUGCUUUCAAGCCAUGGACCCCAGGAAUAGUCAAUAUAAGACAAAUCUUCAUGCAGAGACAUCCUGGUGUAUUAUAUGGGAACUUUCUUCCAAACCAACAUCCAUCAUCUGUGACAGUGAGAAGCAUGAGUGGACAGAGCAGUGGGAAACAAAACCACCGAUCUACAAUUAUGUAUGUAGCUUCUGUAGGGAUUCUCAUUUUGGGCUUAAGUUAUGCUGCUGUUCCUCUCUAUCGUAUCUUCUGCCAGGCUUACAGUUUUGGUGGUACUGUGAAUGAGAAUACUGAUCUAGUUGAGAAGAUGAGACAGGUCCCAUCCCGAAAGGUCAAGAUACGCUUCAAUGCAGACACAGCAGCUAGUCUGCGAUGGAAUUUCAAGCCACAACAGACGGAAAUCUUUGUGGAUAUGCCAGUGUUCUUCUACAUUGAUCCUGAAUUUGCUGAAGACCCAAAGAUGGAGAAUGUGACUGAAAUCACCCUGUCAUACACCUUUUUUGAGGCCAAGCAAGGACUUGAACUUCCUGUUCCAGCCUUUCAUGUCACAUGAUGUUUCUGAGAGUAUCCAGUCUAGUGCAACCAGUUUGUUGUAAAUGUUCUUUUCAU